AUGACGGGCCAAUGGUUUGAAUUGAACAUGGAAAUAAUGAGUAGUGAGAUCACCUUUUUGUCUGCUUCAUUCAUCAAUUCCCAAACUCAGAAAGUGGACCUCUCCCACUCGCUUCGCUGUGUUUUCACUCUGUUAACUAACAAAACUCUAAACCCUUUCACACCUAAAUUAGAUCUCAAAACAGUUAUGGACUCUCGCAACAAGAAAAAUGGAGGUUGGUUAUCAGUGCCACAGUUUGGGGAUUGGGAUCAGAAGGGGCAAGUACCUGAUUAUUCACUUGAUUUCUCUAAAAUAAGGGAAACAAGGAAACAUAACAAGUCUAAUAUUUCAAGACCAAGUCUUGGAAAUGAACAAGAUUUCCACAUCGAUUCAACCUCCACCACUCACCACCACCAACACUCUCCAACUGUAAGUUUAAAAUAA